UCCUAACUAAGUGUUUCGCGGCUGCAUUUAACAAUUUAAUAUCGCGAACAAUUAUUAAUCCGUGCAUUGAAACGCGUUGUAGAUAAUAUUUAAUGAUAACUUCAUAACCUUCACUCAUGGAUGAAAAUAGCAAAACCAUUGCAAGUUACUAUGAAAACAAAGAAAUUUUUAUUACGGGUGGUAGCGGUUUUAUGGGAAAAUUUCUCAUUGAAAAAUUGCUUCGAUCAUGUCCAAAAGUAAAAAUGAUUUAUGUUCUGAUGAGACCGAAAAAGGAUAAAUCGGUAGAGGACCGUUUAAAAGGAUUCUUUGAUUCACAAUUAUUUGACAAAUUAAAAAGUACUCAUCCAGAAAAUUUGCAAAAAAUUAAAGCAAUAAGUGGCGACGUUUUACAACUAAAUCUAGGAAUCAGUGAUGAAGACAUUAAACAACUUGAAAAUGUAACAAUUAUUUUUCAUGCAGCCGCAAGUGUUAGAUUUGAUGAUCCAAUAAAGGAUGCAAUAAUCAUGAAUACUAGAGGAACAUAUGAAAUGAUAAAGUUUGCUAAAAAAUUAAAAAAUAUCACAGUAUUCGUCCAUGUUUCAACAGCGUAUUGUAAUCCUGACAAACGUCAUGUUGAAGAAAAAAUUUAUCCACCUUAUAUGGACUGGAGGGAUGCUAUCAAAAUUGCAGAAAAUUUUGAUCGAGACAGUUUAGAACCAAUAAAUGAGAAGUUGAGAUGUUUGUUACCGAAUACAUAUACUUUUACGAAAAACUUGGGCGAAAACGUUAUAGAAGAAUUCAAAAAUGAAAUCCCAUUUGUUGUAUAUCGUCCAACAAUUGUUGCUGCUAGUUUAAAUGAUCCACUACCUGGUUGGAUUGAAAAUUUUAAUGGUCCUGUAGCAAAUUUGGUAGCUUCCGCGAUUGGUCUACUUAGAACCAAUUAUUCAAAAGGAGACUCAGAAUUAGAUUUUAUACCUGCUGAUCUUGCUACGAGGGCAAUGAUGGUUGCUGCUUAUAAGAAAGGAAAUUCAAAAGAUCCUUAUAAUUUGGAUAUUUAUAACUGUUCAAUGAGAAAAUUUCAAAGUAUAACUGGAACAUCGAUACUGGAAGUUGGAAAAAUAAUUAUUAAGGAAAAUCCAUUUGAAAGAACUAUUUAUGCUCCAGGCGGUACAAUGACCCGUUGUUAUCCAUGGCAUUUAAUAAGAUACAUUCUGUUUCAAAUAUCAAUCUCGUUUAUUCUAGAUAUGAUAAUGAAAUUUACAAGUAAACAAAAACCAAUUUUAAUGAAACUACAGGCAAAAAUGAUACUUGGUUUUGAAGCUAUAAAAUAUUUUUGUGAGACACCUUACGAUUUUGAUAAUAGUAAUUUUUUUAAUUUGGAAAGUUGCAUUCCGCCAAAGGAAUAUGAUGAUUUUACAUUUUUAAGAGAUGUACCUUAUGAUUUGGAAGAUUUCUACCGUAAAAAUUUAGUUGGUGCUAAAAUAGCUUUACUCAAAGAACCACCACAAGCAACCGAAGCCGCUAAAAGACGUUUUAAAAUACUUGUUUGGGUGCAUAGAAUAUACUGCACAAUUUUAAUUUUUCUCACUGGAAAAUACAUAGCCAUUCCUUUAUUUUAUGUGAUAAAGUCAAAAUUAUUUGAACUACUUAAUCAUUACUUUUUACUUGAAUUAAAUAAAACAUACCCACAGAAUAAAAAUUUAUUUAAAAGAAACAUCACCAUGAAUCAAGGGAAUAUUAAAAAUUUUUAUGGAAGUAAAGAAAUUUUCAUAACUGGAGCUACUGGUUUUAUGGGCAAAGUUUUAAUAGAGAAACUAAUAAGAUCGUGUCCAAAAAUAAAAACAAUUUAUAUACUCAUUAGAUCUAAAAAAGGUAAAUCAAUUUAUGAAAGACUUAAUGAAAUGUUGGAAUUACCAUUAUUUGAGAAAAUACGAAACGAAAAUCCAGAUAAUUUGAAUAAAAUUAUACCAAUAAAUGGUGAUAUUCUUGAAACAGGCUUAGGAAUAAGUGAUGAAGAUAUGGAACGUUUGUUGAACGUUUCAAUUAUAUUUCAUUCGGCUGCGAACGUCCGUUUUGAUGAGCCAUUAAGAGAAGCAAUAAUAAUGAAUACAAAAGGAACAUAUGAAAUUAUAAAAUUUGCUAAACAAUUAAAAAAUAUUGAAGCUCUAGUACAUGUUUCAACAUCUUAUUGUUAUUCAGAUAGAUUUGUAAUUGAAGAGAAACUUUAUCCACCUUAUGCAGAUUGGAAAAAUGCAAUUACUGUAGCUGAAAAUUACGAUAAUGAAACACUUGAAAUUUUCAAUAAAAAAUUUAGCUGUUAUCAACCAAAUACAUACAUAUUUACGAAAAAUUUAGCUGAACAUGUUAUAGAUAGUUAUAAAGAUGACAUACCAUGUGCAAUAUACCGACCAUCAAUUGUUAUUUCAACUGUAUGUGAUCCGAUACCCGGAUGGAUUGAUAAUUUCAAUGGUCCAGUUGGUAUGUUAAUUGCUAGUGGCGUUGGAAUAAUCAGAACAAUGCAUGCUGAUUUAAAUGUCGCCUCAGAUUAUGUACCAGUUGAUAUUGCAAUUAAAGGUCUUAUUAUUGCGGCAUAUAAAAGAGGAAUUACACAGAAUAGUAAAGAAUUGCAAAUUUAUAAUUGUUCAACAGGUUCAUUGAAAACAGUUACAUUGGAAGAAGUUCUUGAAUACGGCAGAUGUAUUACAGAAGAAAAUCCAAUGGAAAGAACUUUACUCUAUCCUAGUGGUGGAGUAACUAAAUGCCGGUAUUAUAAUUUCAUAAGAUUUAUAGUUUUACAAUUUUUUGUUGCUGUUAUAAUUGAUUCAAUUUUUAAAAUUAUCAAUGUAAAACCAUUUUUAAUGAAAUUACAAAGGAAAAUUUAUUCAGCCAAUUGUGCUUUACUAUAUUUUAUACAAAGAACUUGGAUUUUUAAAAAUGAAAAUUUUGUUAAUUUAGAAAAGUUGGUAACAAAUUUAGAGCACGAAGAUUUUUCAUUUAUAAGAUUUAAAGAUAUUGAUACGAAAGAAUAUUUUACAAGUGCUCUAAGUGGGGCUAAAAAAUAUUUAUUAAAAGAAAAUGAAAAUUGUUCUGAAGCUGGCCGAAGACGUUUUAAGAUUCUAAAAUAUUGUCAUCACUUUGUAAUUUUUAUAACAUGUGCCCUAUUGCUUCGAUAUAUUUUGCUACCUUUACUUUUUGGUCUAUUAGUGUAAAAUAUGAUAAUUU